UGAGUGAAACUGAUUGGUCCAUAGACAGGGAUGGUUUGGGCAUAUAAUUCCAUUCACAUCUAAACCAGUCAUUUAAUUAAAUUACGGUGUCUUCGUUUUUAGAUGUAUUUUACAUAAAUAAAUUAAAUCGUGAUCUCAGUAUUUGAGCAUUAGAUGAAAAAAAAACUCAACAUUCGUAAUCAGAAGAGAGUCUAGUAAACUGAACAGCUUUGACAUAGCGUUGAAGCCGUUUAGAUAUCUGUGAGAAGGGCGGGUUACACAGGUUGACGUAGACAGGCAGGCGUCGCUGCAGAGAAUGUUUAAGUGACAUACCGCAAGGUUUAUGAACAACCGUUGGCCGGAAGUUUGUAUCCUCCAUUAAAAAAGAUAUUAUCUGGCGUAUAAUAGUUAAAAGUGUAAAAAGUGAAGUGCAAAUUGUUGGUUUCUUACUUCCUAACCUAAUUUAUUGUACGUUAUUUGAAAGCAAAAUGCUGAAGUUCAUCAGAGGGAAAGGCCAGCAGCCAUCAGCUGAAAGACAGAAGUUACAGAGAGAGCUAUUUGCUUUUAGAAAGACUAUACAGCAUGGUUUCCCAAACAAACCAACAUCACUUGCAUGGGAUCCAACCCUUCAUCUGUUGGCGCUGGGAACUGCUUCUGGAGCCAUUAAAGUUUUUGGCAAGCCCGGUGUUGAAUUCUAUGGACAACACACAAACCACGAGGCUGCAGUCACAAGGCUUGUGUUCAUACCAAAUGAGGGCCGCAUUGUGUCCCUGUGUGACGAUAACUCUCUCCACAUGUGGGAAAUAAAUGAAGGUUCCUUGGAAGAAGUCAAAGCUCAAGCAUUGGAAGGGAAGCUGAAGAGGAUUUCUGCAAUUGCUCUUGAAACUGCAGGUGAACAUCUGCUAUUGGGGACUGAGGGUGGAAAUAUUUACCUCCUUAAUCUGAAGACUUUCCAAAUGUCAGAUACAAUCAUAUAUCAAGAUAUUGUAAUGCAGAACGUUCCUGAAGAUUACAAGAUAAACCCUGGUGCUGUGGAAGCUAUUGCUGAACAGCCUGGAAAUCCUGACAAAAUUUUAAUUGGCUACAAUAGGGGGUUAAUGGUUUUAUGGAACAGAAAAACACCAGGAGCAGAACAGAAUUUCAUUAGUAACCAGCAACUGGAAAGCAUUUGUUGGCAUAAAUCAGGAACACGUUUUGCUUCAUCCCAUAAUGAUGGAAGCUAUGCAAUGUGGGACAUUUCUGUGGGUGAUAAAGCUGAAGACCCUGUCACUGUGUAUGGUCCCUUUCCAUGCAAAGCAGUUACAAAGUUCCUCUGGAGACGUGGAAGAAAUGAAGAUUAUAUUAUUUUUGCUGGAGGGAUGCCUCGAGCUAGUUAUAGUGACCGUCACACCGUCACAGUUCAGCAUGGGGAGAAGCAUGUUGUAUUUGACUUCACAUCCAAAGUUAUAGAUUUCUUCACAAUUGCUGCAGAUGAAGAGGAUACAGAGUAUGAUGAGCCUGAGACACUAAUAGUCCUCCUGGAAGAAGAAUUAGUUGCAAUUGAUUUGCUCUCGGAAGACUGGCGAAUGCUGCAAUUGCCAUAUCUUGUUUCACUUCAUGCAAGUGCUGUUACUUGUGCUCAGCAUAUUUCAAAUGUACCAGAAGAUCUUUGGGAAGCCAUUGUGGCUGCAGGAAAGCAGCAGACACUGGAACAUUAUUCUGAAAGGGAGUGGCCAGUUGAUGGUGGUCGUGUUCUCCAAAGUCAGGGAUCUGAGGAGACCUCAUCAACAGAAUUUAACAAAGAGCUGCUGUUAACAGGCCAUGAAGAUGGCACAGUGAGAUUUUGGAAUGCUGGUCAUGUUGCCCUCCAACCGCUUUACAAGUUUGCCUCGGCUCAGCUUUUCAGUAGUGAAGAAAUAGGUAGUGAAGCAAAUAAUGGGACAGUAGAUGAAGAAGAGGAGGAGGAGUGGCCACCGUUUCGGAAGGUUGGAACAUUUGAUCCCUACUCGGAUGAUCCUCGCUUGGCUGUGAAGAAGGUAGCACUGUGUCCAUUUUCUGGCACCCUUGCUGUGGCGGGAACGGCAGGAGCUGUAAUUGUAGCAAAAAUAGGAUCUGAUACAUUGGAAACAGAAGUCAAUGUGACUACAACCAAUAUUGUGCUGGAUCGUGAUGGAUUUGUCUGGAAAGGACACGACCAGUUGACUGCCCGUACUGGUGCCUUGUCUCUGGCACCAGGUUUCCAACCUUGUUCUGUGCUGCAACUGCAUCCUCCUGCGGCAGUUACAGCACUUGUAUUGCAGGCAGACUGGGGCCUUGUGGCUGCUGGAACUGCACACGGCUUGGCACUUUUUGAUUACAUACGCCACAAGGGUGUUCUUACGAAGUGUACUCUGAAUCCCAACGAUCUGUCUGGUGCCGGAGAUGCUCCAAUCUCAAGACGAAAAUCUUUCAAAAAGUCAUUACGUGAAUCCUUCAGACGCCUCAGGAAGGGACGAUCGACGAGACGCACUGAUAAACGAGGAGUUGCAUCACCGGUGCCAAAGAAAGAUGGUGGAGCAGAAGCAUCAACACCAUCCUCAGCACCACUCAGUCCUGUUGAAGCCAAACCAGUGGAACGUCAGGUCGAAGCAAGACCUGUUGACGAUUCUCUAGGAAGCAUGGUUCGGUGUUUAUAUUUUGCAAAGACCUUCAUCAUUAGCGUGCAGUCAGUAACAGCUACACUUUGGGCAGGGACAAACAAUGGUACAGUUUAUGUGUUUACCAUUGCUGUACCAGUGGGACAACGAAGAACAGAAGAAGACGUUACCUGUCAAUUGGGCAAAGAGAUUCAACUUAAACACAGAGCACCAGUGAUAAGUGUGGCUGUCUUAGAUGGCAUUAAUGUUCCACUGCCUGAACCAUUUGAAAUUGAGAAAGGACUUAAAAAACUGCCAGAUACUAGUGGACCUCACAGAGUUGUUAUUUGUUCUGAGGAGCAGUUCAAGAUAUUCACAUUGCCAAGCCUUAAGCCUUUCUGCAAAUUUAAACUUACUGCUCACGAAGGUUCCCGUGUGAGAAGAAUGAGCUUGGCACAUUUUGUAACUUCAAGGCCAGAUCGUGGUGCACAGUACUCAGAAUGGUGCAUAGUGAGUCUCACCAAUCUGGGGGACUGCAUAGUUCUCAGUGUUCCUGACUUAAGAAGGCAGCUCAAUGCCGCUGUUGUUCGACGAGAAGAUAUUAAUGGAAUAUCAAGUCUGACAUUCACACGGUACGGAGAAGCAUUUUAUUUACACUCCUCCAGCGAGCUUCAGAGGAUAACACUAUCCGCUUCAACACUGUUAUAUCCACGGUGCCGCAUUGAUUUGCCAGAAGGAGCCAGACAGAUACCAAAAGAGGAGGAGACGGAAGAGGAAGAAAUGGAAGUAGCAGAGGAAGAAGAAGCAGAAAAUGCAAGUCCAUCAGCUGCUGCUAGAGAUCACCCACCUGCAUCACAUACAGUGAAUGGAGAUGCUACUCACGAGGAGAACAAAGAUGUAGAACCAAAAUCAGAAGAUGGAGAAGAAGCAAAGGAAAAUGGUGCAGAAGAAGACAGAAAUGACAUCAGUGCCCUCAGUGUUGGUGAUAUCACUAUAGAUUCUGUCAAGGAUCAUUUGCUCACAUCCACAGCCACAGAGGAUGGCCGUGUUACAGAGUUGAAAACGGAGAGGCUGGAGCUGAACUCCCGGACAACAGAGAUGCAGUCAGUUGUGAUGAAGACCACCAUCAUCAGCAGUAGUGAAACAACGGUCAUCAACUCUGCUGACAUAGCCGUUGUUGAGCCUUCUCUGGCCGAUGAGCAGCGUGCUACCAACACUCUUGAGAUUAAAUCACGCAAAGCCCCAUUAGCAAGAAUGGAAGAUUUAGAAGUGGAAAUUCCAGUUCAGUCUUAAGUGUCUUCCAGCUGCUACAAAUACAGGACUUCAUCUUGCCAUCUGUCUCUAAUUUUUGCAUGAAAAUAGCACGUGGACUUAAUGAACACUAUAGAGACUGGUACCAUUUUUGUAAAUGCUGAAUGUUUUUCUGUGGAACACACUUUUAGACAUUCCAGGAAGACUUCAUGUUUGUGUCAUUGUACAAAAUAUGGCAGCUUAAUGUAAUUUUAUUUUCAAGCCUGAAAAGCUCUUUGUAGUGAAUAAAUAAAGGGCAAAUUGCUUUUCAAUGCUCCAUGUGCAAAUGAAAAGUAGGCAGCAAAACAUGUUGUGACUUAUGUGAAUCAGUAUUUUUAAUAGGUAAAACAAUUAAUUUUGUUUAUAGACUAAUUUUAUUUCUGCGAAUACUUUUAUUACAUUUUAUAAUGGACGUAAAUGUGUAGCUAGCAGCUGAGACUUAAUUUAAACAUUUACAAUAAUACGAAUGCCAUACUGCCUGUUGCAUCUCAUUUUUUCUGAGAAAAGCAGGUGUUGUUACUGCAGAAGUGGUGAUGGUUUUUAAUAAUGUGAAUGUGUGUGUGUGUGUGUGUGUGUGUGUGUGUGUGUGUGUGUGUGUGUGUGUGAGUGAGUGUGAGAGAGAGAGAGAGAUUUUAUUACUCAUGAUUGAGUGUUUGGCAUUUUGUUGAAACAUUUGUGACUUGUAAUGAAAGACUUACAUAAUACACAUUUUAAUAUAAAACUGUUGCCUGCAUACCAGCUUAUGCUGUGACUGCAUAGCUUUCAGCUGUGCAGCAAAUUUGUUGCCUAAUGUCUUUUAUAGCAUGAGAUAAAUUUUUGUAAAAUGUUUCAUCAUUUAAUACUUGUUAAAACUGCCAUGACUGUAAAUAAAAUAUUCAAAGGCUUUUGAAACAUCACUUCCAAUAUGCAGAAUGUAUGGAGUGGAAAUAAAAUAUUUUUCAAUUCA